AUUUAAUGAUAACCGUGGCCGAUUUAACCAAACAACUUAAAACUAAGCAACUAAGAAUAAUUUCCUUAGAAAAUGAUAAGGAUGAUUUAAUGCAGAUUAACCAGCGAAUAGCUCAGCAUUUUAAUGUUAAUAUCCAGGAAAAUAAAAAUCCAAUUGCAUGGGAACUGUCAAUUUUGAAAGACACUACACCUAAUUUGAAUUUAUCUAUUAUCUAA